CUAAUUUUCUACUUUGACUAUUUGUAAAAGACAAACUCCCCUCGAAAUCAUUAGUCAAUCAUCAUACCUUCUAGUUUCUCUUGAUAAAAUGACAUCAAUUACGAUAUCUACAGAAAUUACUGAUUUGUACUAUAUAUAUCACCAUACAUUAAUUUUUUUGGGAACCAUCGCACGACCUUUCUGAAAAUAGUAAUUUUUUUAAACAAAUAUCAAAAGUUACUUUUGCAAAUAUGGAUAAGAUAUAGUAUUAAGUCAAUAAACCUACAUCCAAUGUCUAAUCAAAGUAGGAAUGGUGAUGGUUAUCAAAGGAAUCCAUCAUUAUCACCUCAGGCUGAUGGUGUAACGCCAACUGGAUCAGCAUCUUCAGUACCUAUCGCAAACAUAACUCAAAUAGCAAGACCAUAUUUCACAUCAUCAGAAUUAAGAUAUUUACAUAAUAAAUCAAUAAAAGAAUCUGAAAAAUUACAUUAUAGUAGGACCAAACAUCAGGUGUUUCAAUUCUGUUUUCAAAUCAUCAAACAAUUGAAAUUCCCCUUGAGGGUUUUAUCCACCACUAUGAAUUAUUACCAAAGAUGGUAUUUAUUUAAUAAAUUUGAUAUCGAACAACAUGAUGUCGAAGAUAAAUUAACUCUCGCAGCAUUUGAAAAAGAUCCAUAUGUGAUAGCUACCACAUGUUUAUUCUUAGCAUGUAAGAAUGAAGAUUGUAUCAAGAAAUUAAAAGAUAUCCAAGCUGUGGCCAAUAAAAUACGAGAAAUUGAUGAAUCAAAAUAUACCAAUGAAAGAACUACUUCAUCCAUAUUGGCAGCUGCUAAUGCCGCUAACAACAAUACCAACGGUAGUAUCACUACAGCUGGUAGUGUCAAUAAUGCUGCUGUUGUGCCUAGUAGUUCAUCAAACAUAGGAAGUGGGAUUGGUGUUAGCAGUGGUAGUAGUAGUAUUCCUGCUCCAGUAUAUUAUACAGUAGGAGAAUUACAUCGAAAAGCAACAUUAUCAUUGGAAUUCAAACUUUUACAAAUCAUUAAAUUUGAUUUUAAUAAUGGAGGUUCAACAAAUUUGAAAUUAACUACUGAUCAAUUAUUAAUUCAAUUUUGUAAAAAGAUUAAUAUCAAUUAUAAAUUUUCCAUGUUUUGCUGGUUAGUGAAUUAUGAUCUUAUCCCAACCUCAUUACCAUUAACUGUCCCACCUCAUUGUAUUGCAUUGGCCAUUAUAAUAGUCACCCUUAAUUUAAAACCAUUUGAUUUAAAAAUUGCUCAUUUUAAAGAUGUGAAUGAUUCAGAAACUGAAAUUAGUGAAAAAUUGGAUAAUAUCGAUAGUGAAAUUGAUUUCAAAUGUCCUGAAGUGUUAGUUAAUGAAGCUAUAAUCUUUAUAUUGGAUUUCUAUAUUCAUGAAUAUUCAAAAUCAUUAUUAAGUCAAUAUUUACCGUUAAUUGAUGAAAAAUCAGGUAAAGAUCAAGUGUUUAAAUUCAUGGAAUUAAAAUCGAAAUUUAAUGAUCUUCGAAUCUUGACGGAAAAGAGUUCAUCAACUCAAGAUUUAUUAACUCAAGAUCAUUAUCUUAAUAUUUGGGAUUAUUCCAUAGCGGCAAAGGGUUCAACCAGAUUCAUGUCGGCCAAUAAAAGAAGAAAAUUCGCUAAAGAAUUAUAGCUUUGUAUUAUAAAUAAUUAGUAUUUACAUAUAUAAUUUUAAUCUAAUUUAUAACUAACCGAGGUACCCACCUUAUGUAAAUUAGUAGAAAAUGAAGUGAAAUCAACCUUAUCAACAUUAUCACCAGCUAUAUGUCUUCCAUCUCCAUUGGUAUCACACCAUUCUAUAGGGAUAGUAUUUGUAGGAUUAUUUGGAUCAGUAUAUACCAAUACAUUAAAUGAAUAAUCAUCUUCUUUUAAAACAGGUAAAUAAGACACUGAUGAUGUGAUUUGUCUAAUAAUGGAUUGGAUCUCACGUUGGGUUUCAUCCUUCGACUUAGGAGUAUCAUUUCCACUUCCAAUAUUAUCAUCUUGUAACACGUCAAUAUUGAAUUCCCACCUUUCGAUAUUUUCCAAGGUAGAUUUCGAUAUAAUCACCACCACCAAUUUCGCUAU